AUGUGUCAGAUUAUUAAACAAAAGUUAAAUAGACUAGAUAAAGCUAUAGUUGAUAGAGAAAUAGCUAAAGAUACAAAAAUUGAACAAAUGAUUCAAGAUCUCAAUUGGAGACUAGAACAAAUAAAUAAAACUUAUAGUUAUACUCAAGGACUAACUGAAAAAGAAAUAAAAGAAUACCUUGAAUCAAUACAAAGA